UUCCGAUCUCCUAUAGUGAUUCUCCUUUAACUAUUCUUCCCUCCAAUUUCAUUUCUUUUUAUGUUCAUCACCAUGGCACUCUCCAGUUCCGCCGUAAUCCACAAUCACAUGAACAUAAACAUGAAACGGUUCAAUAUGGUUCGAGUUCAUCAAGAAUUGACUCUUGAAAUUCCAAAAUCAAAGAGGCCAAACAGGGCGACGCAUUUGGCGGAAUCCAUUUGCAAUGUCCUUCAUCGUUCUCCUUCACGCAGCAUAGACUUGCUAAGGUACCAUGAAGAGAAACUUUCAACGCCAACCAUGUCUCCAAGAGAAGACAUCUCACAAAAAUGGCGCCAAAUCCAUGGUUGCUCAAACUGGGAGAACAUUCUAGAUCCUCUUCAUCCCUGCCUACGCAGAGAAAUUCUCAAGUACGGAGAAUUCGCACAAGCCACCUACGACGCCUUUGAUUAUGACUCUCUCUCCCAGUACUGUGGCAGUUGCCGUUACAACCGUAACAAACUCUUUCAGAAAUUGGGUCUUUCUAGAAACGGUUACGCCGUUACUAAGUACAUAUAUGCCAUGUCACACAUCGAUCUGCCACGCUGGCUUGAGAGGUCUCUCGUGGCUGACACGUGGAGCAGAGACUCCAAUUGGAUUGGUUACGUGGCUGUAAGCGACGAACAAGAGACACGUAGGAUUGGAAGGCGGGACAUCGCGGUUGCGUGGCGUGGCACGGUGGCGCCAUGCGAGUGGUACGAGGAUUUUCAGAGGAAAUUGGAUCCAAUUGGGAAAAAAGGCGCCAAAGUGGAGCAUGGCUUUUUAAGCAUUUACACUUCCAAGAGUGACACAACAAGGUAUAACAAAUCAAGUGCGUCUGAUCAGGUGAUGAAGGAGAUUACAAAAUUGGUGAAAUUCUAUGAACAAAAAGGUGAGGAAGUUAGUGUCACAAUCACUGGGCAUAGCCUGGGUGGUGCAUUGGCGUUGCUGAAUGCAUAUGAAACAGCAUAUAAAGUUCCAAAUAAUGUUCCAAUUAGUGUAAUAUCUUUUGGGGCACCAAGAGUUGGAAACAUUACAUUCAAACAAGAGUUGGAAGAAAUGGGAGUGAAGACACUGCGUGUUGUGGUGAAGCAAGAUUGGGUGCAUAGAAUGCCAGGGCUUGUUUUCAAUGAGGCCUUCAAGGUGUUUGAUGAAAUAACAAGUUUGGAAUGGGUUUACACACACGUUGGUGCUGAGUUGAAACUUGAUGUUGGUACAUCUCCUUAUCUCAAAGGUGGAGGGAUGAACUUGUCAGGGUUUCAUAGCUUGGAGACAUACCUUCACCUUGUUGAUGGCUACUUGAGCAGUGAGACACCGUUUAGGAAUGAAGCUAAAAGGGAUGUUGCUUUGGUUAAUAAGUAUUGUGACAUGCUUGUGGAUGAGCUUAGGAUUCCACAAUGUUGGUACCAAUUGGCUAACAAAGGUUUGGUCUGUAAUGAUCAUGGAAGAUGGGUCAAACCCAAAAGAGACCCUGAUGAUAUUCCUUCACAUCAUGAUGACCCUCUUGUUCCAGAUGAAACGCAAACAUAUAUGAUGACUUUGGUGUCCUCUUAGAACAUAAUGAAAUGAGUAUUUCUAGGAAACAUAAUUACAUUAUUAAAACUGUGUCUCGGUAAAGGUGCAUGGACUCAAAAACAAACUCAAUUUUAAGACAUAAGUAAUCUGAAUUCUUACAUA